AAUGUAACAUCCAGGGCCUGGGGAGAAGCUGGUAUGUUUCCAAUCUUGCAUAAACAAAUGCUUAAUUAAAUGGUGGGCUCCUUGGACCUGCAAUUUCCUGCCAUAAAGGGGUUGUGCCCAAAUUACUCUUGGUAAUAGUGUUUGCUGGGAGAGAAAAGAAUCUCAGCUUUGCAGGCAAGAGGGGGAAGAACGCACAGUUCACCUUAUGUUUGAAUUGAAAUCCCCCGGGUAUCUGAUUUCAGAAACAUCUUGAGUUGAAUUUUGGGAAAUCGGAGAAGCUCCUUUGCAGAGCAGAGUUGCAGGAGUCAGGCUAGACACCACUGGUCCUUACAAUUUAAUUGGUUAUAGUAAGAGGUCAGCACAAUGAAUCUUAGUUUUCCUAUAUGUCUGGCUCUGAUAAGUGCAUUAGGAUUAACAGGAGGGGCCCCACAAGCUCCCACAGAGCAGCUCAGCAAUGGCACACACCUGAAUCCAUUGGGCAAGAAAGGAGUGAAGCUGAGCCCUGAUGAUGCAAAGGAUGCACUGAGGAUUCCACCAAAAGCAAAGCAAGGCCAUCCCAGUCAGAGGAUGGAACCCACAGGCUUGCCGAAAGUAAAAGUUCUGAUGCCGUCUGCGUUGCCAGACCAUGGAAGGAAAGGUGAUACAAAUGCAAAACAAAAGGAGAAGAACGUGGUGAAGCUAAAAGUGGCAGCCAAAACGGUGACCCCAACACCUGUAAUGGGCUUUUCUGCAAUGGCAGCCACAAGGCCACCAAAAAGAAAAGAGGAGACUAAAGUUGACAAAUCAUUGGACCGUAAUAAGUCUCCCUCUAAAAAGAAAAAAGGAUCAUCGGAGAAACAAGAACCUAGGAUUUAUAAGAAGGCAAGUUCUCCAGCUACUACUGACAAACCAAAGAAGGAACCACUAAAGCAAGAGAAAACUACACAAAGUGCAGCAAAAAAGGUACUUGAACAGUCUGCUAAGGAGGAGAAGCACAUGAAAGAACGAGCAGAUACCAAUGUGGCUGACAGCUUGCUUCCACUACCACCUAUCCCCGGCAUUCCAGUCCAGCCAACAGAGAGCCCCAUUCCAUCUCUCCCUGCUGGGUGUCUGCUCUCGGAAUCAACCAUUGCAUGUGCAAAUACAAAGAUGAAGUACCUGCCACUAAUGACCGACUAUGGGUUGCAGACACUCUACUUAGCCGAGAAUGAGAUCUCCAAGCUGCCAGCAAGAGCCUUCUCAGGGCUGCCUAAUCUGGAGUGGCUGGAUCUCAGCAAGAACAAGAUAGAUGAUUCGGGCUUGUCAUUUGAUGUCUUUAAAAAUCUGACAAAGCUGAAACGUCUUAACCUGGAUGGAAACCACCUGACCAUGCUCCCAUUUCUACCUCCAUCCCUUCAAGAACUGAAGGUCAAUGACAAUGAACUCAAAGAGCUGGACAAGCAUAGCUUUCGGGGUCUGAGCAAUCUGCUGACACUUGAACUGGAGGGAAAUAAUUUUCAUGAUGGCAACGUCAACCCAUUGUCUUUCAAACCCUUGAAGAAGCUGAUAUAUUUACGGCUAGACCGCAAUCAGUUCAGAGCGAUCCCAUCUGGGCUACCAGCAUCUCUACAGGAGCUGCAUCUGGACAAUAAUCGUAUUGAGAUUGUGUCUGACGGGAUCCUCAACAAAACCCUUAACUUGAGCAUUCUUGUGUUGAGCAAUAAUGUGCUACAGGAAUAUCGCAUUGCUCCUAGGGCUUGGAUCGACCUUCUAAACCUGGAAUUACUGGAUUUGUCUCAUAACCAGUUAGUACAUGUCCCAUCCUUUCUACCUCGAGGACUGAGGCAGUUGAUCAUACACCACAACCAAAUUGAGAGGAUACCAGGUUAUGUUUUUGCCCACCUGAAACCAGGUUUGGAGUUCCUUCAUCUUUCCCAUAACAAUUUGCGAGAUGACGGUAUCCAUGCAAUAUCCUUCUUUGGUCUUUACAAAUCCCUUCAUGAGCUUUUGCUCGACAACAAUUUACUACAGUCUGUUCCCCGAGGAAUACUAAGCUUGAAAUCUUUGCAAGUUCUUCGUCUUAGCUUCAAUAAAAUAAGGCACGUGCCACUCAAUUCAAUAUGCGACACUAGAGUAUCUGUGGACUCCAACUUAGUCUCUGUCCACCUGGAAAAUAACUUCAUCAACCGUCGGCUGAUCCCGCCUACAGCAUUCUCCUGUAUCAAGACUUACCACAGUGUAGUUUUGCGCCCCCAGCAUGGUGAAUAUGAGUACUAUUAGAUAGCAAAGCCAGGGCCCCUGAAACAUGAAUAGUUCACCAAUGCCGUCCGCAAAACCUAGGUGAGGUGAAACUGGCAUGCAAUAACAUGUGUUUCUGCGUUCUGUAGGUACCCUUUUAUGUUGUGAGCACAGGUGUGGGGAACACGUUGGUAACUUCUUAUAUUUCACAAUGGGGGUAUUUUUUUAUAAUAUACACACAAGUCAUGUGAUAUAUUUUAAGUUUUUGAGUGUUAUAAAGCAAAAUGAAGUAAUACAGUCAGAGCCUCUUGAUGGGUGAGGGGUGCUAUUUUUAUUAUUGAUAGAAGCCAAAAUUUAAAAUAAACUUUUUGUAGAAAGAUUGACAGGAAAGUGAAUUUCUUGCAGAUUCCCUGUUUUUCCCUGUCUCUGUUUAUUCUACACAUAGCUACAUUUGGCAAGGAGUUGUACCAAAAUAUUUUCCAGAGUGCAAUGUCAAAAAAUUAUGAAUUGGCUAUGAGGCAUUAUACACAGUAAUUGGGUCUAACUUAAAAUUUGCUGCAUUCAUUAUCAGACUGGGGUGUCAGGGGCUUACUGGGGUGACAGCCUGGGGUCCCCCUCUACCCCAGCCAGGAGCUUGUGCUCCCUCCCGCACUUCGUACUGCACCCCGUACCAUACCCCACUCCGCAAUCUGGGUUGGAGCGCCAGUGCACACAGUUUCCAGCAGGGAGGGAACAAGCUGGGUCAGUGGGGGGCACAGAGCCCACCAAGGUUGGGGCCCUGGCUGCAUUCUCAGUAAAAAGGGCUAUGGGGUCAGGGCCGUCUGAUUAAAGCACAAUACAGUUUAAAAUGGUUCUUCAGACAAUUAUUUAGUGUUUCCAUAAUGAAAUGUAUUAUAUAUACCUGUAUAUAGCCUAAAGAUAUUCCAAUCAUGUGCAUUUAAAAAGAAGUUUUACUUGCAAACAAAUGCAUGAACAUGCCACGUUUCAGGGUUAGAUUACAUACACAUGCCAAAUUACAUUCACAAUAAAGUUUACACUGUUUUAAAACAGGUGGAUACAACUACUUGCUUAACAACAGAAUCAUAUAAAUCAGUGCUGUCCAACUUGCGGCCCGCGGGCCGUAUGCGGCCCUCGACCCCCUCUGUG